AUGGAUAAUCAACCCCCUAGGCAUGGAGGUUCGACUUUUGGUCAUAGAGUGAUUGAUCGUGAUCGUGAAGAAGCAGAUCGAAGAUUAUGGAAUGAUUAUUUUUCUGAAUAUCCAAAAUAUUCUGAAGCAAUGUUUCGCCAUGACAACUAUUUUGUGCAACGGAAGGAUAGAAUCGGUAGACUGGGCUUAUCUACUUUACAAAAAGUUACAGCGGCGUUUCGAGUUUUGGCGUAUGGAAUACUAGCAAAUGCAGCAGAUGAAUAUAUCCAGAUUGGAGAAUCAACUACAAUUGAAAGUUUGAAGAGAUUCUGUCGAGCAAUUGUAGAGGUCUUUGGGGAGCGAUAUCUAAGAGCACCUAAUGCUAAUGAUGUUGCACAGUUGCUUCAAAUUGACGAAAAACGAGGUUUUCCAGGGAUGCUUGGGAGUUUAGAUUGCAUGCACUGGACAUGGAAAAAUUGCCCAACUGCUUGGGCUGGACAAUAUGCUGGGAGGAGUGGAGAACCAACUAUUAUUCUUGAAGCUGUAGCCGAUUAUGAUUUGUGGAUUUGGCAUGCACAUUUUGGUAUGCCGGGGUCGAAUAACGACAUUAAUGUGUUGGAGGGAUCUUAUUUGUUUUCCAAUCUUGCAAACGGUAUAGCACCUCCUUGUCAUUAUGUUAUUCACGGACAACAGUACCACACUGGAUAUUAUUUAACAGAUGGUAUAUAUUCAAAAUGGUCCACAUUGGUACAAACAAUUCAUGAACCUCGAGGGCCCAAAAAUAAGUUAUUUGCGAUGAUGCAGGAAGCGUGUAGAAAAGACGUAGAACGUGCAUUUGGAGUUCUCCAAUUACGAUUUUCAAUAGUCAAAGGGACCGACACGUUUUUGGGAUAA